AGACAACCACUGCUGCAGUAGCAUCUCCAACCCAUAGUAAAGCCAGAAAAGCAAAAAUGCGGACACACCUUCAGUGUAGACGUCAUAGUAGCAGAGCUUUCUUAUCAGCGUUGCUGCUUUUGACCUUCAACGGCGCGACGUCGUCACCGUCGCCGGGUGGACAUACAACAAGUUUUGAGCAGCUGUUCUCAACUGAUCCGAAUAACGCGACUUUCACUCCACUUUGCGAUGAUGCGCAAUUGCGGAAUGUGGCACAACAGGUGGCACAGCUCAAGAUUUCUAGUGAGAAUAUUUUCCUACUGCUGGACUCAUACAAUUUGAGAUUGGAUUACAUUAAAACGUUGUUGGAUGAACGUUUACCAGAGGUUAAGAGCAAUCCGCAUUGGAUUGAUGUGCGUGGUGGCGGCGAAUCUAUAUCCUCAACACAUACAUCAACUGGUGGUGUAGUUUUCCCGACCAUAAGUACGCAAUCUUCCGCUAGUGGUGCAAACAUACCGGCUGCCAGUUCACAAUCUUCAGUGGGCGGCGUCGAUUUGCCUGUUAUUAGUACACAGUCCUCUGCCGGUGGUGCUAAUAUACCGGCUACUGAUUCACAAUCAUCUGCUGGUGGUGCCAACCUGCCUGCUACUGACGCACAAUCAGCAACAGGUGGAUCAGAUAUUGUUCCGCCCAUCACUGAUGCAUCAUCGUCUUGCGGUUGCAAUGCACAAACUUCAUUCAAGUCGGGUUUAUAUGGCGCUCUUUGUCCUUACAGUAAUCCCGUAUUGGCGCCCACUUGCGCAGAGGCCGUGAAACGAGCAGGUGCUAAUGCUAAGAGCGGUAUCUAUCACCUUUAUUUGCCUGAUUCGGGUCUGAAACCUUUCUAUGCCUACUGUCUGCUUGAUACCAAUGGCGGUGCAGCCUGGACGGUGGUGCAGCGGCGUCAAGAUGGUUCGAUUUCAUUCCAUCGUCAUUGGAAUGAAUAUCAAGCAGGUUUUGGUAAUUGGAAUGGUGAAUACUUUAUCGGCUUGGAACGUUUACAUGGCAUAACACAUGCAACGCUCAACGAAUUGUGGGUGCAAAUGGAGGACUUCGAUAAUGUAACGCGUUAUGCCCGUUAUGAGAAUUUCGCCAUUGGCGAUGAGCAUGAAGCAUAUGCAUUGAAUGUGCUUGGCAAAUUUGAGGGAAAUGCAGGGGAUUCUUUACGCACGAGUCAAGGUCAAAAGUUCAGCACGAAAGAUGCCGAUCACGAUAUGUGGGAUCGUAAUUGCGCAGAGGUUUAUACGGGCGCGUGGUGGUAUAAUGCGUGUCAUGAUAGUAAUUUGAAUGGCCAGUACUUACGUGGCAAAUACAGUAAGGAUAAGUAUGGCAAAGGUAUCGAUUGGACACACUGGCAUGGCCAUGAAUACUCUCUAAAAUAUGUGCAUAUGGCUGUUAGACCUGUGCAAUAAGAACUUGAAGUCUGAAAAUGGAUCAAAAUUAGCAUUAUUUUACUCCAUUAUCAUGUAUACAUAUAUAUUUACCCACAUACAUUUUUAAUUUUAAUAAUUAAUAAGUAAAUAAAGUUAAAUACUCAA